AUGGCUCAGUACAAUUACGACGAGCAAGGAUUCAACUUUUAUUAUUUUCUUAUAUCUGUUUUGUCCUUGGCCUUAGUGCCUACCACUGUACAAACAUUUUAUUCACUAUUUAAAGGAAGUGGCAAAAAGCAGAACCUAUGUCAAUGUAAUACUUGUCAAAAAGAAAGAAAGAAAUCAAACGCGACGAAACCCAAUGCCAUCAAAAAGCUCAUUACCAGCCCAAAGUUUCUCUUUUUACUUAUCGGUUGGAUUGGUGUUGUGCUCUUAACUAUGCAAGUCGCUAAUGCCGAAAUCAAGACUGCUACUUGGGAUCCGUAUGAAAUUUUGGGCGUUAAAGAGGGCGCUUCGUUGGCCGAGAUUAAGAAAACCUACAAGAAAUUGUCACUUGUUUAUCACCCGGAUAAAGCAAAGCCAGGAGAAGAGGAAAAAAAUGAAGAGACCUUCAUUGAUAUUACCAAGGCCUACAAAGUAUUGACAGAUGAAGAUACACGUAGAAAUUAUGAAGAAUUUGGUCAUCCUGAUGGUAAACAAUCCUUCACUAUGGGCGUUGCUCUUCCUAAAGGACUUGUCGAAGGAAAUGGCAUGUAUGUUUUGGGCUUUUAUGCUAUUGCUUUUGGUCUAGGCUUACCCUACUUUAUCGCUCGUUGGUGGUAUAAAUCACGACGCCUCACUAAGGACAAGAUUUUGAAUAAAACAAUGGGUGUUUUUGUAAAGGGCUUGAAGGAAGAUAGCGAGUUCAAUGACCUUAUCUAUAUUUUGGCCGGUGCUCAUGAAUUUAAAGAAAAUACUGAUUACCGUGGCAACGAAGGAAACAUCCUUAAAUCCAUUGACAAUGCUAUUGCUGAAGAAUUAGAAAGCAGAUUCGGCGAAAAAUAUGACCGCCUCGACAAAGAUGAAUCUAUUCCUUCCUAUCGCCGCAAAGCACGCACUCUGUUGUUUGCCCAUUUCUUGCGUGUUGAGCUAGAGUCUAAGCAUGCGACAAAGGCUUUGCUCAAAGACCAAAAGUACAUUGUUGACAAAUCGGUUCAUCUCUUAUACGGUCUUUUGCAAAUCUCCACAGUGAAGCAAUGGCUGAGCACCACCAGUCAAAUCAUGGAACUCCAGCAACACCUGUUACAAGCUACGUACCCAGGUGACGCCACCAUUAAGCAACUGCCUCAUAUCAGCCAAAACUUCUUGCGCAAGGCCAACCGCAACAGAAAGAACAAAAUCAAUACUGUCCAACAAUUGUUGGCGAUGAAUGAGCAUGAUCGUAAAGAAUUCUUGAAAUCUUUGGGUUCGGACGAUGCUUAUUUAGAUGUGUUGGAAGUUGCUCAGCGUAUUCCCAAGCUGAAUGUGAAAAAGGCUACCUUCAAAGUGGUCGGUGAUAGAAUGGUCACCACAGGUGCUAUUAUCACUUUCAUCCUCAAAUUGAAGAACGGUGAAGUGACAGAGAUGGAUAUCGAGCAAGAAAAGCAAAUAGACGAGAACGAUGAAGUGGAUGAAGCUGUCAUCGAUGAAGCGGCUGACAAAAAGAAAAAGAAAAACACCAACAAGCCUACGCUCCCCUUAGGUCAUACUCCCUACUAUCCUAGUGAAAAGAAGCCUUGUUGGUGGAUCUUCUUGGGUGAUCCCAAGGUGAAUCGUAUUUUGGUUCCUCAUCAAAAAGUAACAGACAUUGUGGACGAAGAGACCAUCAAGAUUGCUUUCCCUGGCCCUCCCAAGCCUGGUGUGUAUACUUUCUCUGUCUUUGUCAAGUCUGAUACUUACAGCGGCACCGAUAUCUUCCAGGACGUCAAACUGGAAGUACAUGACCCUUCAGAAUUACCACCCGAGGACGACGUGGAUGACACGAUUUCUGAACCAGAAGAAGAUUCUAUUGCAGGUCAAAUGAAAUUGAUGAGAGAACAAGGCUUUGCCUCUGCUUUAGCUGGUGGUAGCACUAAAAAGAAGCCUGAAGAUUCUGACUCGGAUUCUGAUUCUUCUGACGAAGAAGAGGAAGAUGGAACUUCUACCAAGAAGAAUGAUAGUGAUGUAACCACCAGUGAUUCCGAUUCAGAUUAA